CGUUGUUCACAUUCCAAAUUCCAACUUGGAUAAUAAAUUUAUUUAAUUACUUCCAGUUUAAAUUGCAUUUACCUUAUCUUUUCUAGUACUUAAUAUAAAAGUAUGACGAUUAUCAAAGUAUCAAAUGAGCAAGAAAUUAUUAAGAAGUUAUCAUCUUACAUAGAAAAAAUUGCGAAUGACUCUAUACUCAACCGGGGGAAAUUUUACGUUGGACUUUCAGGUGGUUCUGUUGUGAAAUACCUCUGUGAAGGAUUACCAGAAUUGGAAACAGACUGGUCCAAAUGGGUGCUUGCAUUUUGUGAUGAGAGAGUGGUGCCAGAAGAUAGUGAGGACUCAACAUUUGGCACUUACUGCAAACAGCUAAUACCAAAGACACCGCUGGAUAAAAGUCAAUUUAUUGCCAUCAAGCAGGGAGUCUCAGCUGCAGAAGCUGCAGUUGAUUACACUGACAAAUUAGAAAAGGCCUUUGGAAGUCAAGAGUUCAAAUUUGACCUACUGCUAUUGGGGAUGGGUCCAGAUGGUCAUACCUGCUCGCUAUUCCCUGGGCAUGAGCUACUCAGUGAGACCAAUUUGAAGGUGGCUCCCAUCACCGACUCACCAAAACCACCACCAGAGAGAGUCACUCUCACCUUCCCAGUCAUAAACAAUGCUAGAAACUGUAUAUUCGCUGCUAGUGGGUCGGGCAAAGCAGAUAUGAUAAAACGCAUACUCAAAGACAAGGAAGAUCUCCCAGCAGCCAGGGUCAAGCCAGAAGGUGCUCUCUUUUGGAUACUGGAUGAAGCCUCAGCGAAACUCUUAUAAGACUAAGAAAAUGCCCAGUUACUUGAUAAAAAAGUGUAAUUUUAUAUUUAUAAUGCUCAAUUUUAAAUAAUUAUACACAACAAAAUGUGCGUGCUAAUCAAGUAUUCAAAAGAAAUUCCAACACUGAAAAAGAUAAGUGAUUCAUCUUAAACUAUGUUUUGCAACGAAUUAUAGUUAGAAUAAAUGGAAAAUUAC